UACAUCAGGGUCCCCAUCAGAAGUGCCCCUUACAUCAGGUGUCCCCAUCAGAGUGCCCCUUACAUCAGCUGUCCUCGUCACAGUGCACCCCUACAUGUAUUGUCCUCAUCAGAGUGCUCCCUUACAUGGAUUAUCCUCAUCGGAAUACAUCCUUACAUGGAUUAUCCUCUUCAGAAUACCCCCUUACAUGGAUUAUCCUCUUCUGAAUACCCCCUUACAUGGAUUAUCCUCUUCGGAAUACCCCCUUACAUGGAUUAUGCUCAUCGGAAUACCCCCUUACAUGGAUUAUCCUCUUUGGAAUACCCCCUUAUAUGGAUUAUCCUCUUCGGAAUACCCCCUUACAUGGAUUAUGCUCAUCGGAAUACCCCCUUACAUGGAUUAUCCUCUUCGGAAUACCCCCUUACAUGGAUUAUGCUCAUCGGAAUACCCCCUUACAUGGAUUAUCCUCUUUGGAAUACCCCCUUACAU